AUGGAGAAUUCUAAAAGGGACGGUAGUAUCGUGGAUGAUUUGGUGCUUCUUUCUUCAGUCACACAUGAUGACAUUGUUAAUACUUUGCGUGAUAGAUACAGUAAAGGUCAAAUUUACACUUAUAUUGGUGAAGUAUUGUUAGCUGUAAAUCCAUAUCGAUGCCUACCCAUCUAUGGAAUUGAUAUGAUACGUAAAUAUAAGGGACAUGAAAUCUACGAACGUGCACCACAUGUAUUUGCUAUUGCUGAUGUGACCUACCGAUCGAUAAAAUGGCACGAGCAUGACGUCUGUAUUGUCAUUUCAGGUGAAUCCGGAGCCGGUAAAACAGAAACAAGCAAAAUAAUCAUGCGUUAUUUAGCCGCAAUUACCAAUGUAGAAAAGCAGCAUGAAAUUGAAAAAGUCAAAAAUAUCUUUCUCCGGUCAACAGCUCUUCUCGAAUCGUUAGGAUGUGCGAUGACCAAUAGAAAUGAUAAUUCAAGCCGUUUCGGGAAAUACAUGCAUAUAAACUUCAAUUCUCAAGGCGAUCCAUUUGGUGGUCAUAUCAGUAGCUACUUACUAGAAAAGUCACGUGUCGUUCGCCAACAACAUGGUGAACGUAAUUUCCACAUUUUUUAUCAACUUUUGGUCGGAUUAGACAAUGAUCAUUUGCAUACAUUACAUUUGCAACGUGACCCGCAGAAGUACUUUUAUCUAAAUCAAGGCCAAACGAUUGUGACAAAUACAAUGGAUGAUAUGAGUUCUUUUAAUGAAGCAUUGCAAGCAAUGAGAGCAAUUGAAACAUUUGCGCCAAAUUCUGAACAACAGAUAUGGAACAUCCUGGCAAGUAUUUUAUUGUUGGGUAAUCUUAAUUUUAUCGAAAGUGAAACAAAUUUCGACGAAAGUUUCGUUAAAGAUCGUCAUGAACUCCAAAUUUGUGCCGACACAUUGCAAGUGGCAAGUGAAGAGUUAGAGAGAGCAUUAUGCAUGCAGGUAGUUGCAGCUAAAGGAGAUGUUGUCUCUAAACGCCAUAAUGUUAAUGCAGCUGAAUACACAAGGGAUGCUCUUGCUAAAGUAAUUUAUGAGAGAUUAUUCACGUGGGUUAUCGGAAAGGUUAAUCAAGCGAUCAACGUUGAAAGAACUGAUUAUACAAGGAAAAAUGCUGUUAUUGGAGUGCUUGAUAUUUAUGGAUUUGAAAUAUUUGCUAUAAAUAGUUUUGAACAAUUUUGUAUCAAUUACUGCAACGAAAAAUUACAACAACUUUUCAUUGAAUUGGUGCUAAAUCAAGAACAAGAAGAGUAUAAACGUGAAGGAAUUGAAUGGCAACAAAUUCAAUUUUUUAACAACAAAGAAAUUUGUGAUUUGGUUGAAAUACCUUGUACAGGAAUUUUAGCACUGCUUGAUGAGGCAUGUUAUACGGUUGGCCCAAUCAGUGAUAAGAUUUUUUUGGCUGAAAUGGACAAAAUAUUAAAUGAAAAUAAGUAUUAUACAAGCCGUCGAUUAAAUCCAACUGAUAAAACGCUGGCCUUUGAGAGAGACUUUAGAAUUACUCACUAUGCUGGUGAUGUAACAUAUAGUACUGUUGGUUUUAUUGAUAAAAAUCGUGAUACACUUUAUCAGGAUCUCAAAAGGCUUUUAUAUAAUAGCAAUAAUCCAGUAUUACGGGAAAUAUUUCCUGAUGGAGCAAAAUCCGUAUUAGAAGUUAAUAAAAAACCAUUAACUGCUGGUGCAAUGUUCAAGAAUUCAAUGUCAGAUUUAGUGCAGCAACUUCUAGCGAAGGAACCUCACUAUGUUCGUUGUAUCAAACCAAAUGAGAUUAAAUCGAGUACUUCAUUUGAUGCAAUAAGCGUUGGACAUCAGGUUCGAUACUUGGGAUUAUUGGAAAAUGUACGUGUACGACGAGCAGGUUUUGCAUACAGAAUCACAUAUGAAAGAUUUCUACAAAGAUAUAAAAUGCUUUCAACAAGAACUUGGCCAAAUACAUCUAAAGACUUAGUAAGGGAAAAUACGAAUUUAUUAUUGGAGAAGUUUGAUUUACAUAAAGACUGCGUCAAUGGUAAAACAAAAUUAUUUAUCCGUAGCCCACGAACGGUGUUUAAAUUGGAAGAUUUACGUCAACAGAAGCUAUCCGAUAUUGUCAUAAUAUUGCAGAAGUAUUGGAGAGGAACGCUUGGUAGACAUCGCUUUAAGCGCAUAAAACAAAUAUACGCCAUCAUGCAUUGCUAUCGAAAAUACAAGCUACGAAAUUAUCUGAUGACACUGGUUGAAAGUUUUCGUGAUGUGGAAAAAAGGCGUGAUUUGGGAAGAAGCAUACAGUGGCCGAUUACGCCGAAUGGUUUUGAAAGUUUUGGUGAUAAACUGCAGAAAAUGCAUGCUAUUUGGCGUGCAAACAAAAUUGUCGAUCGAAUGCCAUUGACGUUGAAGAAAUCAUUGAAGGAAAAAGUGGCCGCUUUUCAUGCUAUUGAGAACAAACGCUUGGAAUGGGGUUAUUUACGACCAUGGAAAGGAGAUUAUUUAAAUAUGGAUGAUGAGAUUAAAUCACCCAGUCAAAGGCAUGAUUAUCUUCUAGAGUUGGAGAAUAUACGACGAAAUAGCAACUUCUCGAAAGUUCUAUUCUCUUCCUACAUUCAAAAAUUCAACCGAUACAAUAAGUCGGCAUUUCGUGUCCUUCUAAUAACAGAUGAAUUCAUUGCUAAAUUGGAUGCAAAAAAAUUCAAAAUAAUGAAACAACAAUCAUUUCAAAAUCUUGCUGGCCUUAGUGUAUCAAAAGAAAGUGACAAUACGAUAGUCUUUCAUCUUGGUAGCAACGAUUUUAUUGGUUGUUUAUACAAUCAUAAAAAUGAGGAUCGUGUUGGUGAAGUGAUUGGAAUUUUAUGUGCUCAUUUUGAAAGGAAAUUUAAUAAGAAAUUGAAAGUAAAAGUUGGAGAAUUGCAAUGUACGCUUGGUUCUAAAGGACGUUCAGUUCGUAUUCGUCUUAGUGAUAAGGUUAUUGAUGGACAUUCGACAUUUCGAAAGCAUGGCAGUACUCAAAUCGAAUUGACCUGUCCUGUAGUUUCCGCUUGA